CCGGCAUCUACUUAUGUGCAGGGUUGUAGACAGUAACUGAUCACAAUGUCGAUGUCGGAGGCUCAGAAGCUGCUGCUAUUAUCUUACAUGGAGCAGUCCCCAGAACUCUGCAACAACAGAAGUUUCAUGGCUGGGGAGACAAAGCAGCAGCGCAAAGCGAAAUGGGACGCAAUUGCUGCCUGUCUUAACGCGAUAGGCGGCAUCCAAAAGGACGCCACCGGAUGGCAGCUCAUUUGGAAGAGUUGGAGGUACCGCGUACGUAAAAACAUGCGCGGUAACAUUUGCAACAUCGGGGGCACUGGUGGAGGAGCAGGUACGGCAGUAAACGCAACGACGGAGCCUGGAGAAGAAGGAGGAACGCGCGUGGUGGACGUGGCUGCGAACCUGCAGGGGUUAGAUGCCAGGGUCAUGGCCCUUGUCGGGUGGGAUACCCUAGGCGGUAUUGCGGGCAGCCACAAUGUUGCCCCACAAGGGACUGUUACACUGACGGAUGUCGUCGUCGUUAGUGCCCAAGCACCAGCAGAAGAGCCUGCAGAAAUAGAAGACCCUGUACGGCAAGAAGAGUCUGCAUCAGCAGAAGCCCCUACAAUGGCUCCAGAACCAGCGGGGAGCAGUGGUCUGGUGCAACCUCGCCCGAACAGCCAGCCAGGAACACGGGUUCAACGUCGCAGAAGGCGGAGGGUGCCGAUCAAUAUUGCACAGCAGAUUUUAGCGGCUCAGAGAACUCUUGUUGACCGCAUUGACCGACUCACCGAGGCAAUGACACCCAUCAGUGAGUACUACAGGCUGAAGCUGGAGAGAAUGAGGCAACAAAAUGUGCCAUAGUCCCGCAGGUAUUCUAGUAUGUUGUGUGCUCACCUUGGGUGAGUGAAACAUCGUUGCUACAAAAUAGCUACCAGCACGGCCUGUGCAAGUGCUGAUUUUCGACACUGAAAUGAAUACGAAGGAAACACUCAUAACCAGAGAAGAGUGGACUGAAGCUAACAUUUUUAAAAACUGGAGGAAAUUCUUUAUAACCUUACUGCAAAGUAAAGCGUGCAAGCAGAAAUAAAGCAACGCAGAAAGGAACACGCAUGUUGUGAAUACUUGAUAUAUGUUUAAACAAGGCAGAAAACCAUUCAGGAGCAUUAAAUGUGAACUUGCAGAACAAACUCUUUAAGUGAGAACAUUCUCUCGCUGGAUAUGACUGCAAU